AUGAAAUUGGUUAUCGUUGCACUGGCCCUGGUAGUUCUGGUUGUUGCUCAGGAUGAUAAGUACACUACCAAGUACGACACCAUCGACGUGGACGAAAUUCUGAAGUCGGACCGUCUUUUCAACAAUUACUUCAAGUGCCUGAUGGAUGAGGGCAACUGCACUCCCGAGGGUAACGAAUUGAAGCGAGUGCUACCGGAAGCUCUGGAGAACAACUGUGCCAAGUGUAGUGAUAAGCAGAAGGAAACUACCACGAAGGUUAUCAAGAACCUAACCGAGAAUCGUGCUGAACAAUGGAAGGCCCUGAAGGCAAAAUACGACCCGGACAAUAAGUUUAUCGCCAAGUACUCCGAUGAAGCCGGCAAGGGUGGAAUUAAGUUGUAA